AAAAUUGCGAAACAUUUUCAUUCGGUUAAUUCUCCUGCUGUCAUGUAGGACUCGGUGAGUUGGUCGGGAGUUGCUGCUACGUGUGUCUUUUUAUCCUCUCACCGACUCCCCCUGCCUCCUCCUCCGCUUGCAGAAAUUUAUAAAGAACAAAAAAUCGGACUGGGGAGGGGGUUGAUACGCCGAAGCUGAAAUCGAGAGGCGAACCCAGGAAAGAGGAGUAUUUUGUACACGGGACUUUCCCCCCCUUAGUCCCUCAAAAGGAGGGGGAAAAGUCGAGUUUUAAAGGCAAAGAGAAGUCCGAGGAUCGCUAAAUAGGCGACGACGCCUAUCUUUGAGGAUAUAUAUAUUUUUAAUUCGUAGAAAAAUAUGGCCGAGAACGUUCUGGACUCUGGCCCGCCUUCAGCCAAGAGGCCUAAACUAUCCUCUCCGGCACUUUCUGCCUCAGCCAGCGAUGGAAACGAUUUUGGCUCUCUCUUGGACCUGGAACAUGAUCUCCCAGACGAGCUCAUCAGCUCCUCUGAGCUGGGCCUGGCAAACGGAGGGGACCUGGGCCAGCUUCACACCAGUCUUGGGGGUGGUGGAAUGGGAGUUGGCAUGCUUGGAGGGGUUGGACCCACUGGACAGGAUGCAGCAGCCAAGCACAAACAGCUCUCCGAACUCCUCCGGUCUGGGGCACCACCUGUAGCUGCACAGCAGCAGGGAGGCGGUCCAGCAGGGGCCUCGGUAGGGCUUUUGGGGAGUAUGAAGGCAUCUCAGGGGCCCCUGGGCAUGGCCCCCCAAGGCCAGCAACACCUUUCCCCACAGCAGGCCAGCCUGAUGCAGCAGCAACAGAUGGCAGGGAUGGUGGGUGGCAUGAACAGAGCAAUGCUCGGACCUCAGAAAGGCAACGGUCAGCAGCAGCCAGGGGGGCCUACAGCGCAGCAGCAGGGCAUGAUGGCAGGGCAAAUGAUGAAUGGCGCACCCAGAAUGGGGUAUCCCAAUCCAGGCAUGGGCAGUAACAGUAACUUACUGGCAGAAACCCUGCAGCAGCAGGCCACAGGAGGUCAAGGUGGACUUAGAGCACAGCAGCCUGGAGUAAUGAAUAAGAUGGGGAUGAUGACUGCAGGUGCAGGCCCCUAUGGAGGCCCCUAUAGUCAGAACGCAGGUCAGAAUCUGGGUGGUGCAGGGCUGGCCCCGCAGCUCAUGAACAAACCGGGCAUGCCCAACAACAUGGUCCAGUUCAAUCUAGACAAGAAACCACAGCCCAUGCCCGGCAUGCCAGCUAUGGGUUCCCAGCAGUCUCCAGCAGGUGGUUCUGGAGUCGGAGGGGCAGCUGGUAUGGUACCUAACGCCCAGGGAGGGCUUGGAACAGCAUCGACAGCGGGUGUUCCUCCAACAGCCGACCCAGAGAAGCGCAAGCUUAUACAGCAGCAGCUGGUGCUCUUGCUCCAUGCCCACAAGUGCCAGCGGCGGGAGCAGGCAAACGGAGAGGUACGCCAGUGCAAUCUGCCCCACUGCCGCACCAUGAAGAACGUCCUCAACCACAUGACGCACUGUCAAGCGGGGAAGUCCUGUCAAGUGGCACACUGUGCCUCAUCUAGACAGAUCAUCUCCCACUGGAAGAACUGCACGCGGCAUGACUGCCCUGUUUGUCUGCCGCUGAAGAAUGCAGGAGACAAGAGGAAUCAGCAGUGUGAGUCCCUUCUUGGUAGUGCCAGUGUAGGUUUAGGCACUGCUUUGGGUACCACACCAGGUCCACACAGUGCUCCUAAUCUGAACACCCCAGGCCAGAUAGACCCCAGCUCCAUUGAGCGGGCCUAUGCAGCACUGGGCCUCACCUACCAGGGUAACCAGGCGCACUCGCAGCCUGCCCAGCAAACACCUCGGGCUCUUAAUGCCAUGGGCGGGAACCCAAUGGGUGUGAAUGGAGCUGUGGGAGCCCAGUCUCAGAAUCAGCAGUCUAGCCUUCUUCAGGAUACUAUGUUGCAUCUGAACAUGAACUCUCAAAACCUGAUGAAUGACAGCAGCGGUGUGGGAAAUGUGGGCUCCAUGCCUGUGGCCACUCCAGCUGCCGGCCCUGGCAUGAGGAAGAGCUGGCAUGAGGACAUCACCCAGGAUCUGCGCAAUCACCUCGUACACAAACUCGUCCAGGCCAUCUUCCCUACCCCAGACCCAGCUGCACUGAAAGACCGGCGCAUGGAGAACCUAGUAGCUUAUGCCCGUAAAGUAGAGGGGGACAUGUAUGAAUCUGCCAACAGCAGGGCAGAGUAUUACCACCUGCUUGCAGAGAAAAUCUAUAAGAUUCAGAAGGAGCUGGAGGAGAAGCGCCGAACGCGACUGCAGAAGCAGAGUAUGAUACCCACUCAGCCUGGAAUGCCUCCCACUGGUAUGCAGCAGGGACCUACUGGCAUAGGCCAGUCAGGGCUGCUAACAGGACUUCCGCCAAAUGGUCCUCUCCCAGAUCCGUCAAUGGUGCGUCCUACUGGACCCAACCAGAUGGUGAACAGGAUGCAGAACCCUGCUGGAAUGAAUCCCUUUAAUCAAAUGCAGACCAUGGGCCAGAGGUCCACCCCUCCUCUUCCACACGGCGCACCCCUCAACCAGAUGGGUAUGGGACCUGCGAGGAUGACUCCUCCAAAUGUUCCUCAAAUGCAGAAUCAGUAUAUGCCCCCUAGUCAGUUUCCAGGUUCAAGCCCAAUGAUGGGCACUGGUUCUGUUGGUAUGGCCCAGCCUGGAACUCCCGGUGGCAUGGCCCAGCAGGGGCCUAUGUCAAACCCUCCGUCUUUGCCAGUUGGUAGUCCCUUAGCCCAGCCGGGCUCUGCUGGGGGCGUAGGCAGUGGGGCUUCAGUGGGUUCUCUCGGUUCCAAUGGCGUGGUUGGCAUGCCGCCGUCAUCAAUGCCCUCUCAGUCUAUGAACCUUCCGCACUGUCCACCCGUCCGCCAGAGCUCUCCCUCACCUGCCCGCAGCCGCACGCCCACUCCUCACCUCACGCCUCCUCCGAGCCUUCCGGGCUCGCAGACCCCCCAGCCCCACACCCCCAGCCUACCCGUCGCUCCAGGUGCCAGUCAGCAGCAGCUGUCUCAGCCUGCCAACUCUGAAAAAGCCAUGCAGCUCCAGCAACAGCAACCAUUAGGAGGGCCUCCUUCAGCAGCACCCAGCAGUGUUGUUGCUUCCCAGCAUCCGCCCACUCCAUUGUCUCAGAAGGGCUCUCUGCCAGUCGACGGCCAAGCUGCCACUCCUGCCUCUGUCAGCAGUGCAGACGCCUCCUCCCAGCAGGCCCCCUCAGACAACACUGCCACCUUUGAGCCUAAGAUGGAGGUCAAAGAGGAGGAGGAGGAAGAAGAGGACGAGUCAAUGAAGGGAGGAAGGACGGGAAAGAAAGGAGAUAUAAAAACGGAAGAAAAGCCUGAGAUAAAGAAGGAAGAAGCAUUAACUGAAGAAUCUAAAAGUACGGUGAUGGAGACAUCCACAGCCGCAGGAGAGGACAAAAAGCCAGAGGUGAAGACUGAGCCUAAAGAGGAAGAUGCUGGUGCAGGGUCUGCAGGCUCGAAAUCUGAAACGCCCAGUAAAAAGAAGAUCUUCAAGCCCGAGGAGCUGAGACAGGCUUUGAUGCCAACACUAGAGUCUCUCUAUCGUCAGGACCCUGAGUCUCUACCCUUCCGCCAACCUGUGGAUCCAUCACUCCUAGGAAUACCUGACUAUUUUGACAUUGUGAAGAAUCCCAUGGACUUGUCUACUAUCAAACGGAAACUUGACACAGGCCAGUAUCAGGAGCCGUGGCAGUAUGUGGAUGACAUCUGGCUGAUGUUCAACAACGCCUGGCUCUACAACCGUAAGACGUCGCGGGUCUAUAAGUACUGCUCCAAACUGGCGGAGGUGUUUGAGCAGGAGAUUGACCCUGUCAUGCAGAGCCUUGGCUAUUGCUGUGGGAGAAAACUGGAGUUUUCCCCUCAGACUCUCUGCUGCUAUGGGAAGCAGCUAUGCACUAUACCACGAGAUGCUGCUUACUUUAGUUACCAGAACAGUUCACCAAAAUAUGGGCUUCUUGCUGACAGGUACCACUUCUGUGAGAAGUGUUUCAAUGAGAUCCAGGGUGAGAGCGUGUCCUUGGGGGACGAUCCAUCCCAGCCUCAGACGUCCAUCACCAAGGAACAGUUUGAAAAGAAGAAGAAUGACACACUUGACCCUGAGUUAUUUGUGGAAUGUUUGGACUGUGGACGGAAAAUGCAUCAGAUCUGUGUUCUGCACCAUGAGACUAUUUGGCCAUCAGGGUUUGUAUGUAAUGGGUGUCUGAAGAAGGCCAACAAGACCCGUAAAGAGAAUAAAUACGCUGCUAAAAGGCUACCACCAACUAAACUCGGCAUUUACUUGGAAAAUCGAGUUAAUGACUAUGUGAAGCGCCAAAACCACCCGGAGGCGGGUGAAGUCACUAUUCGUGUUGUCCAUGUCUCUGAUAAGGUGGUAGAAGUGAAACCAGGAAUGAAAGCCAGGUUUGUGGACACUGGUGAGAUGGCAGAAUCUUUUCCUUAUAGAUCAAAAGCGCUGUUUGCGUUUGAGGACAUUGAUGGUGCUGAUGUCUGCUUCUUUGGCAUGCAUGUACAGGAAUACGGCUCAGACUGUCCACCCCCAAAUCAAAGACGGGUAUACAUAUCCUAUCUGGACAGUGUUCACUUUUUUCAGCCACGCUGUAUGAGAACAACAGUCUACCAUGAAAUUCUCAUUGGGUAUCUGGAAUAUGCCAAAAAACUAGGAUUUACCACUGGCCAUAUUUGGGCCUGCCCUCCAAGUGAGGGUGACGACUACAUCUUCCACUGUCAUCCUACAGAUCAGAGAAUACCCAAACCUAAAAGGCUGCAAGAGUGGUAUAAGAAAAUGUUGGACAAAGCUGUUGCAGAACGUAUUGUUCACGACUAUAAGGACAUAUUCAAGCAGGCAACAGAGGAUCGUCUCACUAGCGCCAAGGAACUGCCCUACUUUGAGGGAGACUUUUGGCCCAAUGUGCUUGAAGAGAGCAUUAAGGAGCUGGAACAGGAGGAAGAAGAGAGAAAACGAGAGGAAAAUAAUACGUCGAGUGAAAGUGUAGAUGCUACAAAGGGCGAUAGCAAAAAUGCCAAGAAAAAGAACAAUAAGAAGACAAGCAAGAACAAGAGCAGUCUGAGCCGAGCCAACAAAAAGAAACCAGGAAUGCCAAAUGUGUCCAAUGACUUGUCGCAGAAGCUCUAUGCAACUAUGGAGAAGCACAAAGAGGUGUUCUUCGUUAUCCGACUGAGUGCUGGACCCAACUCCAAUGCUCUUCCACCCAUUAUUGACCCGGAUCCCUUAAUGGCAUGUGACCUGAUGGAUGGAAGAGAUGCUUUCUUGACACUGGCGCGGGACAAACAUCUGGAAUUCUCCUCACUAAGGCGCUCCAGAUGGAGUUCGAUGUGUAUGUUGGUAGAGCUGCACAACCAGAGCCAAGAUCGGUUUGUCUACACCUGUAAUGAAUGCAAACAUCACGUUGAAACGCGUUUCCACUGUACUGUAUGCGAGGACUAUGACCUUUGCAUUACUUGCUACAAUACAAAAGGCCAUGAGCACAAGAUGGAUAAGCUCGGUCUGGGCCUGGAUGACGAGAGCAACAACCAAGCUGCAGCUUCCAUGCAGAGUCCUGGAGACUCACGCCGCCUUAGCAUCCAGCGUUGCAUCCAGUCUCUUGUACAUGCUUGCCAGUGCCGCAAUGCCAACUGCUCACUUCCAUCGUGUCAGAAGAUGAAACGUGUGGUUCAGCACACCAAGGGCUGUAAGCGCAAGACGAAUGGUGGUUGUCCUAUCUGCAAGCAGCUGAUUGCACUUUGCUGUUACCAUGCUAAACACUGCCAAGAGAACAAGUGCCCUGUACCGUUCUGCCUCAACAUCAAGCAGAAAUUGCGUCAGCAGCAGCUCCAGCACCGGGUUCAGCAGGCUCAGAUGCUACGGAGAAGGGUUGCCAGCAUGAAUAGAGCAGGACAACUGCAAAUUGGUGGAAAUGGAGGUCUACCAUCACCUGGGAACAAUGGAACUGCAGGUCCAGGCACUCCUACACCAAAUUCUCAACCUCCAACACCACAGACACCAACUCAACAAUGUCAACCUCUUGUACCCCAGCCUGGAGUUUCAGGAGGUUCGCAGCAGCUGGCAGGAAUGGGUCAGCAUCAUCAGUUUCAGCAGAUGCCUACAGGUGGAGGGAUGAUGAACUCGCCACAACAGCAGAUGGUACAACAGCAGCAACCGCAGCCAUCUCAGCAACAGCUGCAACAUCCAAACAGCCUUCCUCCAUAUGUUCAAAGACCACAAGGCUCCUCUCCACUGUCUCAAUCUGUAGGGAAACCAGGCAUGGGCCCGAACAGCCUUCCUCAACAACCGACAAACCCAGGGCAAACAAACUUUCCUCCACAGCAGCCUCCCGGCCCCCCUCCUGCAGCCCUGGAAAUGGCUUUAAAGAUUCAGAGAGUAGCAGAGUCACAAAGGCAGAUGGCCAAACAGAAGAGCCUACACAUGAAUCAGGGACCAGGGAUGAUGCCACCACAUGCCAUGCAGGGACCUCAGACUCAAAACCAGAUGAGCAUGAACCAUCCAGGGGCGGGGAUGGUGGGGGCUCAGGGAAUGCCACCACAAGCGCAAACUGCUGUAGCCAGGGCACAGAUGGAGCAGCAGCAGCAGGGUAUUGUAGGAGCAAGCAUGCAGCAACAGGGAGGGCCACAAAACCAACUUCCUCCUCAAGUGCAGUUGCCUCAGCAAACUCCACAGGGUGGGGCUCAGCUUCAGCCUCCUCAGCCACAGCAGUGGGGGUCCCCUGGCAUGCCCCAUCAGCAGAGACCAGGAAUGAUGGGCCAGAUGGGUCACCCGGGGAUGGUUCCAGCUCAACAAAUGCAGCAAGUUUCUCAGCAGCAGCAGCAACUCCCUCCACAGCAGCAGCAACAAGGGCAUCCUGGAGUGAUGGGAAUGAUGGCCGGUCCAGGAGGGGCUGCUGGUGCAGGGCCUGGCACUGGUGGUCUCUCUCAGAGUGCCUUGCAAGACCUCCUGAGAACUCUGCGAUCCCCCAGUUCUCCCCUUCAGCAGCAGCAGGUCCUGAACAUACUGCGCUCAAAUCCUCAGCUUAUGGCAACUUUCAUCAAGCAGCGUGCACCCAAGUAUAUUGGUAGGGGUGGUCCUGGAGGUGGAGGCCCUGGUCCAGCAGUCAUGGAUGGGCAGCAGGUUAAUGCUGGAGUUGCCCCGCCUGGUAUGCACAUGGGACAAGGGCCAGGCAUGGGACAAGGACCAGGCCUGGGCCAAAUGAAUCCACUUCAACAACAACAGCAGCAGCAGCAGCAAGUUGCACAGCGUUCCAUGAUGGGUGUAAAUAUGCAGCAGCAGCAACUGGCUGCUUUGCAACAACAACAGCAGCAGCAACAGCAGCAGCAAGGUGUUAUGCCAGGCCAAGGGGCCAACAUGUCAAAUAUCUCCCCUCAGUUCAGAGAAUUGAUGAGAAAACAUUUGCAGCAGCAACAACAGCAGCAGCAACAGCAGCAGCAACAGCAGCAGAUGAACCAUAGUCAAUUCCAGCACCCCCAGGCACAGCAGCAACAUGGUUAUCUUGGUCAGCCUGGAAUGCCUCCUCAGCAACCUGGUCAACCACAAGCUGGUGGACUCCAGCAGCAGCAAGGAGGACCCCAACCUGGAAUGCAACAGAAUUACUCAGGACCUGUGUCCCAUGUGGCAGCCACUCUGCAACAGAGGGUGCAGCAGCAGCAGCUCCAGAUGCAGCAUCAGCAGCAACAGAAUGCUAUGGGUGGGCUCCCAGUGGGUGACGGAGGUCCUGUAGGUGGUGGUUCGCUCCAGCAGCAGCAGCUACAGCCCCCUCAGGGUAGUUCCCAGCCUUCCCAGGCCAUGCUCCAACAAGCAAUGCACCAAAGGCUCCUUCAGCAGCAGCAGCAACACCGAGGUGGUGGAUCUCCUGCCCAGCACAACAAUCCAAUGAGCCCUCAGCAGCAGAUGUCUCAGUCUCCGCAUUUACAGGGUCAGCAGUUGCCGACUUCACUUAGCAACCAGGUGCGGUCGCCCCAGCCAUCUCCACGGCCGCAGUCCCAGCCGCCCAACUCCAGUCCAUCUCCUCGCUUGCAACCCCAGCCUUCUCCCCACCGCAUCUCUCCCCAGACCCAGACGGGCUCCCCGCACCCCAGUCAUCUUCCCCAGCACCACACUGGCAUGGUGCCUCCGCCACAUCCGCAACAGCCACAGCAGCCACCUCAGCAGCAGCAGGCUGUGGACCAAUCUCCAUUUGGAGCAGACCAGAACGCCAUGCUUUCACAGCUCGGUGGAAUGGGGGCCCUGCAUGGGCAAGGGACUAGUGACAUGCUGGCUGGCAACAACCAGGACAUGGGGACAAAUAUUAAUCACAAUUCAUUAGAUAUAAUGUAGCAUUAUAGUCCUUGGAGAACUGCUCUUGUUACCAGGAAUGGGUCGCAGUUUUAGAAUUUACCAUUGCUAUCAUUAUUAGUGUUAUUUAAUAUUUUUUGAAGUAAAUGAAAAGAAUACAACUUCCUAUGGGAGAUACUACAUUAAAUGCUCAAAUUAAUAAAUUAAAUGAAUGGUAAGUUAUUGCUGUUAAUAUAUACAUAUAUAUUUUUUAGCCAAUUGUGUUCAAAGGGUUUUGGGUUAAAGGUUGGGGAAAAUUCUCCUUGGUAUAUGAUAUUUUUGGGGACGUCUGCCUUUUUUAUAGAUAUUUUUAAGAUUUUAGAUGCAUAGAAUUAAAGAGGAAAACAUGUAAACACAAUAGACCUUUUUUGUUGUCUUUUCCAUACACGCUCAAGAUUGUACCCAUUUUUGAAAGUGUUAAAAUCCAAUCAGAAAUGGUGGCGGCGGCGGUGGUGGUGGUUAUCGAUUAUUACUGUUGUAUUUGUCAUCAUCUCGGUCAGCUUAAAAUCCCUUCAGUGUUCAUGUUUUUUCUUUUUCAGACACAUAAUAGCAUAUUCUGUUUGAGACAGCUGCAAUUCACAAAGAAUAUAUUUUUGUUAACAGAAUCAGGCUGAAGAAAUGAAUGAAUUUAUAUUUCAUAUUUUCUUUUUUGUAAAAAAAUUGCGGGUGGGUGGGCCUAGGGGGUUUUGUUGGGGUUAAGUGAAGUUGAGUGUUUGUGUGUUUCCUGAUGACGGAUUGCAUGGGAUAUGUCUGUUCUCCUAUGCAUGUCACAGUUUUCCCACUUACAUGAACCCUCUCCUGUGAAUGUGUGCUCCAUUCUCUGACUCUGUCCUUUUACGCUGGAACGGUAACGGAACUGUUGACACUACAGGUGUUCUAUAUACAGAGAACACAGUGCGGUGAAUUCUGCCACGGAGACGACGUGGAUAAAUGUGAUGAGGGAAUGUGGAUUUCUCAAAGAAGCAACCUUUAAUGCCCUUUUGCUCUCUCACUGACUUUGUGCCCUCACUCCUCUUUGCCCAAGAAGGAACUAUAUCCCCUGAAUUUUCCCUUUUCCCUGAGACUUUGAUAUUCAGAACUAUUGGGCUUUCAAUACUUCUUUUCCUACGGUAUAAAGAAAAGUCUGGACUACAAUGCUGUUUUUUUUUGUUUUUUUUCUUGCUUUUUUUUCUUUUUUAAAUAAAUACUAUGUACAUGGAAAUGGACAGGCAGAAAUAGACUUGUGAGAAUUUUCUAUUGCUGUUUCUUGUUGAUUUAAGCUCUUAGGAGUUGUAGAACUUUAGGGCAGCUUAGAGCAAGCAUGCUCAACCUUGAGAUGAGAUGUUUUGCCAUAAGGCUGUUUGAAUGGGGUGCGGGUCAGUACUUUUGCAGCUUUGUAUAUGUACAAAAUUUUGAGGUUUUUCACUUGAACAUGGUGGGUGUGUACUAACAAGCCAGUGCAGGCUUUGUUUGUCUCCAUGUUGCACACAAACACACUGUGGAGGGCAUCUACUGUGCAGUUUAGGGGAAAAAGAAUUGGAGGACAGUUUCUGAAUGAACGGGAAAGACCCUUAUUCAAACCUAUUCAAUUUUUUUUCUUCUUUCCCUUCAUAAAGUUAACCGGUAAAGGGGCGGGGAAUGACCACGUGACAUGAACAGUGGCAAUAUGGCUUGAGACUUAUUUUAUAAAAAUGAGAAAUACUUGUCUUUUAUAUAUAGAUAUAUUAUUUAAUUUAAUUUUUGGAAAAUAAAAAAAAAACUUGAAGCAACAGGAGUUGAUAAAUGACACUUUUUCUUUCUUAUUUUUUGUAAGAUGUAAUGGUGAUGCAAAAUGACACUGCUGUCAUACCUUAUACAUCCCACUUAGGGACUGCUAAGAAAUAUCAUGCCGUUUUAAUGAAAUGUCUUAUACAUGAAUAUAUGGAAAUAUACAGAACUAUUCACUGUACAAACCAUGAAAACUGAACAGUUUUUUUUUGUUUAAACAGAUACAGACUGGAAAAAACAUGUGAUUUGACCACUUUUCUCAUGCUAACACUCUUGGUGCUUGCUGGCAGGAGCAAAAAUAUUUGAUGCUCUGGUUUCGAUAGUUUUCUUUUCUUCUUUUUUUUAAGUUAUUCUGGUCAGAUUUUUUGCCAAUUAUUUAAUUGUACAUUAAAGUAUGUUUGUACCAAUGGAA